AUGGCAGAGGGCUCCGAGAAGGUGCCGAUCGCCCGAGUGGGGCCCGACGAUGUGGAGCUGUGCCUGCCCCCCGUGAGUGCUGCCGGCAGGCACCGGGCGGGACAGGGUGGGAUGGGGACAAAGCGUGUGGGCAUGAGUUGGGAUGGAACGGGACCCAGAGAGUCGGGACGGGAAGGGACGGGACCAGUUGGUUUGGGACAGUGGGGAACGGGUGGGGUCGGGACAGGUCACGAUGUAACGGGACGGAUCGGGACAAAACGGGUCCAGUCGGAUCGGGUCCGGCCGGGGUCCCUGCCUUGUCCCUGCUGCCACCCGCGCUCUCCGCAGGCGUACGCGGCGGCGGCGCCCCCCGGGCCGGGGCGGCUGCUGAAGGCCGGGGCCGCGGUGCUGAUCGCCGGGGCCCUCCUGCUGCUGGCCGGGGCCAUCGGCGCCUUCUACUUCUGGAAAGCCACGGAGCGGCAGGUGUACAACGUUCACUAUACUAUGAGUAUUAAUGGAAAAGUACAAGAUGGAUCAAUGGAAAUAGAUGCUGGAAACAACUUAGAGACAUUCAAAACAGGAAGUGGGAGUGAAGAGGCAGUUGAAGUCCAUGAUUUUCAGAUCGGCAUAACUGGGAUCCGUUUUGCUGAAGGAGAAAAGUGUUACAUCAAAGCUCAGCCAAAAGCUCACAUCCCUGAAGUUGAUGCUAUGGCUAAAGUGAGCCUCUCAUCUGAGCUGGAAGAUGAAAUCAUGCCUGUGAGAUUUGACAAAAACUCCCUUAUCUGGGUGGCUGCAGAUGAGCCUAUCAAGCAUAACAGCUUCCUAAGCCCCAAAAUUCUAGAGCUUUGCAGGGAUCUUCCAAUUUUCUGGCUGCGACCAACAUAUCCCAAAGAUAACCAAAGGAGACAAAUGAAGAGAAACAAGCGCCAGUCAGAACCAAACUUUGAUGAGGAAGACUUAGAAGCUGCUUCUGAGGAAGUAAACCCCAGGUCACGCACCGUGCAGCUGACUCAAGAGUUUGGCCACCAAGCUAAUGAAACCAGGCCAAUGGGACAAGAUACUGAUCAAACAUUUAAUCCAGACAACCCAUACAACCAGGUGGAAGGUGAAGGGCUGGCUUUUGACCCCAUGCUGGAUCACCUGGGCGUGUGCUGCAUUGAGUGCCGGCGAAGUUACACCCAGUGCCAGCGGAUCUGCGAGCCCCUCAUGGGCUACCACCCGUGGCCCUACAAUUACCAGGGCUGCCGCACCGCCUGCCGCAUCAUCAUGCCCUGCAGCUGGUGGGUUGCUCGGAUCAUGGGCGUUGUGUGAGGAAAUCCCUUGACCAAAACAAAACAAACUCAACUGGAGCCUUGACAGAAUAAGCAGGAAUACAAUGAGCUGAUAAAAGACUAAAACCAAAGCAGCGGUACCGAUCCUGCCUUACAAAAUCAGAGCCUGUUUUUCUGCACCAAAAGCAAGGUCAGAUAUUCCAACUGGAAAUUAAAAUCUCAAGUAAAUAUUACAUUAGCUUUACAAGAGGCAAGGGUAAAUUAGCACUUGCUGAAUUAAAAAACUGAGACAUCCCAAAAAAAGACAAUAUUAAACUUUGCUCACAAUUGGUUUAGCAGUCCAUAAGCUUGCCCAUACAUCUAAAUUCAGCCUUUCAAAACAAACGCCUCUCUUUCCAAGCUGUAUGUGAAAAUUUACACCCAAUUAAGCAACUAGCUCAACUUGUACACUUGGGAGUGCCUUUAAUCCAUGUAGCUUACUUAAAUAAAUCACAACUUAAGUUGCUCCCUGUUGCUAUUCAGAGUUGCCAGGUCAUUAUGAAUGGUUAUAAACCAAUUACAGCAUACCUUUCCCACAAAGCUGCUCCAGGGGACACGGGAAAGCGCACAUUGUGCUAAAUCGGAAACAAACAGCAGGAAAAGGGGCUGUAGAAGGGAAUGUAAGUGGCCGCAGAAUCAAAACCCUUCGCACAUCCCAACAUCAAAGAAGCCCCAGCAUCAAGAAUCCUGUAUCCAUGAUACCACUGUAGUGUCUAACAAGUAUCUGCUAUCCAGCUACUACAGCAAAAGUAUUUACAUGCAGUUACAGACCAAGGAGUCUCAAGACCUUUCAGAAUCUACAACAGCCACUGUUAUUUAUAAAUCCUUGAACUAGACACUUUUGACACAAGAUUACAACCCCUCUUUAUUUCACAUGGAUAGCAGCCAUUCAAACCAGUUCCUUUAGUUUUGCUGAAGCUCACAAUCCUUCCCUACAAGAGAAACUGUUUACCAGAAGGGAGAGGAAAAAAAAAAAAACCUUGUUUUUCCCUCUCCUUUCUCACCUCAUGCUUUUUGCCAUGGCAAACUCUGCAAUUAUUGGGAUUGAUCCCAUUACACAUUAAAUCUCUAAGGAGGGUACUAAGCUGAAACGCUCUAAGGUGGAACAACUUAGUAUUUCUAGCCUUGAAAAACAAAAAUAGUGGUAUCACACCGCCUUUAUCCAUACUAUGUAUCUUGAACCCUACCUCCAAGUUUAUGGAGCUAUCUACAUGAUCUUUAUUAACAAAAUGGUUCAGAUUUUCCUAAAGUCUGCUUUCUGGAGCAUUCAUUUUUAUGACUAAACAGCUCUUGAGAUGUUGCAAGCCCAGUAAUGUUAUUAACACUGCGUGACACAUAGAAAAGAGGAAUUAAUUUGACAUAAUCAUGGCUUAAAGAAAAUAAAGACAACCUCAUGUGGAAUGCUAAACUGCAUAUCUGAAAAGCAAAGUGUUAAAUGAGAAUAAGAUGAGAGUAGAAUUCAGUAUUUUGUUCUAUUGUAGCUUUUUAGUAUAAACUUCACCUUCCCUUAAUCUGAAGGACAGACUUGCUUUGAAAUAUUUAAAUUAUAAACUUCUUAAAGUGGGAUUUCAAGGCCUGUUAAAUUUGAGUUUCUGCUUUUUAAACUGAAAAUGACCUUGAUCAUUAUGUUGUUUUAGAAGUACAUCUAUCAUAUGCUUAGAAAAGUCAGUUUUCCUUUUUUUUUUUUUUACUGCAGAUUAAACAAACACAUUAAAAUAA